AUGGUGGUCCAUAAACUCACUGUGCUGGUGGUGGAGGAGGUGGAGGUGGCGGCGGAGGAGGGGGUGGGGGUGGAGAUGGAGGUGAGGGGGGUGGUGGAGAUGGCUGUGAAGGAACAGGUGAAGGGGGAGGUGGAGGAGGUGGAGGUGAAGGGGGUGGUGGAGACGGUUGCGAAGGAACAGGUGAAGGGGUGGGUGGAGGAGAGUAGUGGCGGUGGUGGAGUGGUACAAUGUUUUGGAGCAGGUGCCGGAACUGGAGCAGGGCCUGGUGCCGGCACAGGUGCAGGGCUGGGAGCAGGCACAGGGGUAGGGCUGGGUGCAGGUCCGGGAGCAGGCACGGGGGCAGGGCUGGGAGCAGGCAUGGGGGCAGGGCUGGGAGCAGGCACGGGGGCAGGGCUGGGAGCAGGCACGGGGGAAGGGCUGGGAGCAGGCAUGGGGGAAGAGCUGGGAGCAGGCACGGGGGCAGGUCUCGGAGCAGGCACGGGGGCAGGGCUGGGAGCAGGCACGGGGGCAGGGCUGGGAGCAGGCACGGGUGCAGGGCUGGGAGCAGGCACGGGUGCAGGGCUGGGUGCUGAAACUGGUGCCUGA